AUGGCUCUCCAACAGUUUGUCUACUGUGUCUCUGUGAUGACCAUUCUCUUAUAUAAAGGUGUGUCCAUCAGGUUAGCUGGGUCUGGAGCAACACAGUGUUCUGGCAGAGUUGAAAUUUAUUACAAUAACAUCUGGGGAACAGUCUACGGUGAUGGCUGGGACUUAAACGAGGCUGAGGUUGUUUGCAGACAGUUAAACUGUGGAACAGCAAUACAGGCUCCUCUAUCAUCUUACCGUAGUCCAGGAGCUUAUCAAAUUUGGCUUUAUAAUUUGGCCUGUUCAGGAAGUGAAAGUUCUUUAACUCAGUGUCAUUACACUGGAUGGGGAAUGUACAAUAAUAAUAAUAAUUAUUAUAAUUAUUAUUAUUAUUAUGAUGCUGGUGUCAUCUGUUCAGAUCUGAUCAGAUUAACUGGAUCUGGAUCGACUCGAUGUUCUGGCAGAGUUGAAGUUUAUCACAAUAACAGCUGGGGAACAGUCUGUGAUGAUGGCUGGGACUUAAAUGAUGCUGCAGUGGUUUGCAGACAGUUAAACUGUGGGUCGGCACUGGAAGUUCCUCAAUCAGCUCAGUUUGGUGCAGGAACUGGACAGAUUUGUCUUGAUAAUGUGGGCUGUUCAGGAAAUGAAAGUUCUCUAAUUGAAUGUAACGGCAGUGGAUUUGGGACAUACAGUUGUGGAAAUCACCAUGAUGCUGAUGUCAUCUGUUCAGAUCGGAUCAGAUUAGCCGGGUCUGGAUUGACUCGAUGUUCUGGAAGAGUUGAAAUUUAUUACAAUAACAUCUGGGGAACAGUCUGUGAUGAUUACUGGGACUUAAAAGACGCUCAGGUUGUUUGCAGACAGAUAAACUGUGGGACGGCACUAGAGGCUCCUCGAUCAGCUCUCUUUGGUGCAGGAACUGGACAGAUUUGGCUUGAUAAUGUGGGCUGUUCAGGAAAUGAAAGUUCUCUAAUUGAAUGUAAAUACAACCAAUUUGGAACAAAUAACUGUGGACAUCAACAAGACGCUGGUGUCAUCUGUUCAGCUGGAUCUGGAUUGACUCGAUGUUCUGGCAGAGUUGAAGUUUAUCACAAUAACAGCUUUGGAACAGUCUGUGAUGAUGGCUGGGACUUAAAUGAUGCUGAGGUUGUUUGUAGACAGUUAAACUGUGGGUCUGCACUGGGGGUUCCUCGAUCUGCUCACUUUGGUGCAGGAACUGGACAGAUUUGGCUUGAUCAUGUGACCUGCUCAGGAAGUGAAGGCUCAUUAACUCAGUGUCAACAUGGUGGUUUUGGAACAAACAACUGUGUACAUAAUCAAGAUGCUGGUGUCAUCUGUUCAGGUGAGAAAGAUUUUUGGAUCAGAUUAGUUGGAUCUGGAUCGACUCGAUGUUCUGGAAGAGUUGAAAUAUUUCACAAUAACAGCUGGGGAACAGUCUGUGAUGAUAAUUGGGACUUGAAUGAUGCUCAAGUGGUUUGCAGAGAGUUAAACUGUGGGACGGCACUAGGAGCUCCUCCAUUCGCUCAGUUUGGUGCAGGAACUGGACAGAUUUGGCUUGAUAAUGUGACCUGUUCAGGAAAUGAAAAUUCUCUAACUGAGUGUCAGCACAGUGGAUUUGGAUCAAACAAAUGUGGACAUGAUCACGAUGCUGGUGCCAUCUGUUCAGGUGUUCCCAUCAGAUUAACUGGAUCUGGAUUGACUCGAUGUUCUGGCAGAGUUGAAGUUUUUUACAAUAACAUCUGGGGAACAGUCUGUGAUAAUGGCUGGGAUGUAAAUGAUGCUCAGGUGGUUUGCAGACAGUUAAACUGUGGGACAGCACUACAGGCUCUUCCAUCAGCUUACUUUGGUGCAGGAACUGGACAGAUUUGGUUUUCGUAUAUGACCUGUUCAGGAAAUGAAAAUUCUUUAACAGAGUGUCAACACAGUGGAUUUGGAACAAACAACUGUGGACAUCAACAAGAUGCUGGUGUCUUCUGUUCAGGUGUGGUCAGAUUAGCCGGGUCUGGAUCGACUCGAUGCUCUGGCAGAGUUGAAGUUUAUCACAAUAACAUCUGGGGAACAGUCUGUGAUAAUGGCUGGGAUGUAAAUGAUGCUCAGGUGGUUUGCAGAGAGUUAAACUGUGGGACAGCACUACAGGCUCCUCGAUCAGCUUACUUUGGUGCAGGAACUGGACAAAUUUGGCUUGAUAACAUGGGCUGUUGGUAUGAAGGUUCUUUAAUUGAGUGUCAACACAGUGGUUUUGGAACAAACAACUGUGAACAUGCUCAGGAUGCUGGUGUCAUCUGUUCAGUCCGGUUAGUUGGGUCUGGAUCGACUCGAUGCUCUGGAAGAGUUGAAUUCUAUUAUGGCAACACCUGGGGAACAGUCUGUGACAAUGGCUGGGACUUAAAUGAUGCAGAGGUGGUGUGCAGAGAGUUAAACUGUGGGACGGCACUACAGGCUCCUCGAUCAGCUCACUUUGGGGCAGUACGUAGACGGAUUUGGCUUGAUAAUGUGACCUGUUCAGGAAAUGAAAGUUCUCUAACUCAGUGUCAACAUCGUGGAUUUGGAACAUACACCUGUGGAUCUUAUCAGACUGCUGGUGUCAUUUGUUCAGGAAGAAUAAUAUUAACAAUCUCAGAAUAUUCUUCAUUAUUUUUCCUGACAGGUCCAAUCAGAUUAGUUGGAUCUGGAUCCACUCGAUGCUCUGGAAGAGUUGAAAUCUAUCACAAUAAUAGCUGGGGAACAGUCUGUGAUAAUGGCUGGGACUUAAACGAUGCUGCGGUGAUUUGCAGACAGAUAAACUGUGGGAUAGCACUACAGGCUCCUCGAUCAGCUCACUUUGGUGCAGGAACUGGACAGAUUUGGUUUGACAAUGUGACCUGUUCAGGAAAUGAAAGUUCUCUAACUGACUGUCAACACAGUGGAUUUGGAUCAAAAAAGUGUGGACAUGAUAAAGAUGCUGGUGUCAUCUGUUCAGGUCUGAUCAGAUUAGUUGGCUCUGGAUCGACUCGAUGCUCAGGAAGAGUUGAAAUCUAUCACAAUAACAUCUGGAGAACAGUCUCUGAUUUUAACUGGGACUUAAAUGAUGCUGAGGUGGUUUGUAGACAGAUAAACUGUGGACCGGCACUACAGGCUCCUCGAUCAGCUCAUUUUGGUGCAGGAACUGGACAGAUUUGGCUUGAUAAUGUUGCCUGUUCAGGAAGUGAAAGCUCGCUGACUGAGUGCCAAAGCAGUGGAUGGAGAACAUACAUCUAUGGACAUGGCAAUGACGCAGGUGUUAUCUGUUCAGGUGAGAAACUUUUAGAUUUUCAAUACAGGGCAAGUCAGUCUGUUCUUGUGCAUCAUACAUAAAUUUUUUCUCUUUUUUACUUUAAGGAAUAUUUUAAAAUACUCUUCAUAUCUUUUUGCCUCACAGGUCCAGUCAGAUUAACUGGGUCUGGAUCGACUCGAUGUUCUGGCAGAGUUGAAGUUUACUACAAUAACAUCUGGGGAACAGUCUGUGAUGAUGGCUGGGACUUAAAUGAUGCCGUGGUGGUUUGCAGAGAGCUGAACUGUGGGUCGGCAGUAAAGGCUCCUCGAUCAGCUCAUUUUGGUGCAGGAACUGGACAGAUUUGGCUUGAUAAUGUGACCUGUUCAGGAAAUGAAAGUUCUCUAACUGAGUGUCAACACAGUGGAUUUGGAUCAAACAGAUGUGGACAUGGUCAGGAUGCUGCUGUCAUUUGUUCAGGUCCGAUCAGAUUAGUUGGCUCUGGAUCGACGCACUGCUCUGGAAGAGUUGAAGUUUAUCACAAUAACAGCUGGGGAACAGUCUGUGAUUUUAACUGGGACUUAAAUGAUGCUGCAGUGGUUUGCAGACAGUUAAACUGUGGACCGGCACUAGAGGCUCCUCGAUCAGCUCAUUUUGGUGCAGGAACUGGACAGAUUUGGCUUGAUAAUGUGACCUGUUCAGGAAGUGAAAGUUCUCUAACGGAGUGUCAGCAUCUUGGAUUUGGAGUGCACAUCUAUGGACAUGGCAAUGACACAGGUGUUAUCUGUUCAGGUGAGAAACUUUUAGAUAUUCAAUACAGGGCAAGUCAGUCUGUUCUUGUGCAUCAUUCAUGAAAUUUUUCUCUUUUUUACUUUAAGGAAUAUUUUAAAAUACUCUUCAUAUCUUUUUGCCUCACAGGUCCAGUCAGAUUAACUGGGUCUGGAUCAACUCAAUGUUCUGGCAGAGUUGAAGUUUACUACAAUAACAGCUGGGGAACAGUCUGUGUUGACGGCUGGGACUUAAAUGAUGCCGCGGUGGUUUGCAGAGAGCUGAACUGUGGGUCGGCAGUAAAGGCUCCUCAAUCGGCUCAGUUUGGUCCAGGAACUGGACAGAUUUGGCUUGAUAAUGUGACCUGUUCAGGAAAUGAAAGUUCUCUAACUGACUGUAAACACAGUGGAUUUGGAAUAAAAAAAUGUGAACGUGGUCAGAGCGCUACUGUCAUCUGUUCAGGUGUGCCCAUUUUAUUGGCUGGGUCUGGAUCGACUCGUUGCUCUGGCAGAGUUGAAGUUUAUCACAAUAACAUCUGGGGAACAGUCUGUGAUGAUGGCUGGGACUUAAAUGAUGCUGAGGUGGUUUGCAGACAGUUAAACUGUGGGACAGCACUAAAAGCUGCUCAAUCAGCUCACUUUGGUGCAGGAACUGGACAGAUUUGGCUUGAUGACGUGGGCUGUUCAGGAAAGGAAACUUCUCUAACUGGGUGUCAGCACAAUGGAUGGGGAGCACACAACUGUGGACAUGGUGAGGAUGCUGGUGUCAUCUGUUCAGGUUCACCCAUCAGAUUAGCUGGGCCUGAAUCAACUCAAUGCUCUGGCAGAGUUGAAGUUUAUCACAAUAACAUCUGGGGAACAGUCUGUGAUGAUGGCUGGGACUUAAAUGAUGCUGAGGUGGUUUGCAGAGAGUUAAAAUGUGGACCGGCACUACAGGCUCCCCAGUUUGCUUACUUUGGUCAAGGAACUGGACAGAUUUGGCUUGAUGAAGUGACCUGUUCAGGAAAUGAAAACUUUCUAACUGGGUGUCAGUUCAGUGGAUUUGGAGCACACAACUGUAAACAUUCUCAGGAUGCUGGUGUCAUUUGUUCAGACAGUAUUAGUCUCAUUUCCGGUUCUGGAUCGACUCGAUGCUCUGGCAGAGUUGAAAUCUAUCACAACAACAUCUGGGGAACAGUCUGUGGUGAUGGCUGGGACUUAAAUGAUACUGAGGUGGUUUGCAGAGAGUUAAACUGUGGACCGGCACUAAAAGCUACUCAGAUGGCUCACUUUGGUGCAGGAAGUGGACAGAUAUGGCUUGAUAAUGUGACCUGUUCAGGAAAUGAAAGUUUGCUAACUGAGUGUCAACACAGUGGAUGGGGAACAAACAACUGUGCACACGAUCAGGAUGCUGGUGUCAUCUGUUCAGAUGUAGUAAUGCUAUUAGUUGGCUCUGGAUUGACAAAGUGCUCUGGCAGAGUUGAAAUCUAUCACAAUAACACCUGGGGAACAGUCUGUGGUGAUAACUGGGACUUAAAUGAUGCUCAGGUGGUUUGCAGACAGUAUAACUGUUGGACAGCACUAGAAGCUCCUCAGAACGCUUACUUUGGUGAAGGAACUGGAGAAAUAUGGCUUGAUGAAGUGACCUGUUCAGGAAAUGAAAACUUUCUAACUGAGUGUCAACGCAGUGGAUUUGGUGUACAUGAUUGUGACCAUUCUAAAGACGCUAGUGUCAUCUGUUCAGCUCCGUGGGCAAAUGCCCCCUCCGAAGGUGUGACACCCAGUGAGAAAAUAGCAAGUUCAAAGAAGUUCUUGGUGAAAGUGAAUCUGGCUGCUGUCGACUCCUCCGUGGACAUGAAAGACCCAGCUGUGAUGGAAUCCAUCAUGAAUUCGGUCAAAAAUGAGUUGGGAGGUACGACUGGUGACCUAAAAGUGAGCUGGUGGAAACCUCCAGAAAAGAAAGAUAUCAAAAAACAAGAGGCGUGUACUCCAUAG